UAUCUCUCUGCCCUUCCUCCACUUGCUCAUGCAUGCUCUCUCACGCUCUCUCUCUCACACAAACUAAAUAAAUAAACAUUAACAUUUUUUUUCCAUAGGGCGACAUGGCUAAACGCACCAAGAAGGUCAGAACUGUCGGUAAAUACUGGACGCAUUAUGGUGCCUCCCUCAGGAAAAUGGUGAAGAAGACUGAAAUAAGCCAGCACGCCAAGUACACUUGCUCCUUCUGUGGCAAAACCAAGAUGAAAAGACAAGCUGUGGGGAUCUGGCAUUGCGGUUCCUGCAUGAAAACCAUAGCGGGUGGUGUCUCUUCAUACAACACCACUUCUGUCACAGUACAGUUAGCCAUCAGAGGACUGGAGGAGUUGAAAGACCAGUAGAAGUGCCACCAUUUGAAACAUUGCUAGCCUAUGAUAAAUGGGUUAA